CCUCCUUGGAAGAGGACACGCCCAAUCUUCGACCCGGGAACAUCCCCUGUAUUAUUCCAAUACUGGUUGCAGAUACCAAUCAGGGAAUAACUGGUCGUAUUCUAUUUUGUCUCUGCAGUUAUUGGAGAGAAUUCAUCCACGUUCGCGUUGGUUGAGCAGUUUCUAAUCGCUGAGCUGCUGGUCUAUCACCCAACGUCGCCAGUAUGAGCAUGGCAGACGUGACAGACGGCUUCUGGCGGCUUCCCCCCAUUGCCAGGACCAUUUCUGCAGCAACUCUCGUGACAUCUGUCUCCAUUUAUGCCGGACUCCUCCCGGCGUAUUGGCUCGCCUUUAUUCCCGCUCGUCUAUUCACCUUUCCUCCCCAGAUAUGGCGCGUCUUCUCAAAUUUCCUUCUGACGAGACCAAAGCUGAGCAUGACAUUUGAUGCCUACUUCCUCUAUACCAAUACCAGGUCGCUUGAGAUGGACAACCCGAGGUUCGCCAAGCGUGAGGAUCUAAUUUGGUAUUUCAUCUUCGUCUGCAGCGCCAUCACGGCCGUUUGCACUUACCUCUUUGGGGGCGGUUUCUUUCUUCCCGCUUUGAUCCUCGCCAUAUGCCGCACAGCGACCCAAGAUCAGCGAGGCAUGAAGGCCAGCAUUUACUUCUUUACCAUCCCUGCCCAGCUCAUGCCGUUCGCUUUGUUGCUCAUGUCUCUCCUCAUGGAUGGUCCCUUCCUCAUGGAACUCUGCGGAUUGUUCGUAGCACACCUCUACGACUUUCUUACUAGGAUCUACCCAACCUUCACCGGCGGCAGGAAUCUGCUCCCUACCCCUGCGUUCCUCUCUCGCAUAGUCCAGGCACCGCGCGAUAUUCGUCGCAGUUACGGUACGGCUUUCCGUCCGCCCACCGAGACGCCGUCUGGUAACGCCACCGGUUCCUCGACUGGAAGCGGGCCCCUCCCCGAAGCGUGGAGGUCAAGAGGCCCUGGUAGGCGUCUGGGCGAUUGACUUCGAUGUUGGGAGCUGUACAUUACUAUUACCGUACUUUAGAAAUGAGUUAUGAAAUCAUGGAACAUUAACC